AUGGGUGAGAAGCAGACAGGGACAAUUCAAUGGUAUACUGAUGCUCUUAAAAUUGACUUUUUGGUCAACAACGCCGGCGUCAUCUGCCUGGAUCGUAUCUUGCCACCCACCGUGGAGCCAUCUCCGCAUUCUUCGCCCAAUUUUGAAUUUUCCAAGCUCCCACUUGUCAGCAUUCGUAUGAGCGGUGAAGGCAGUGGUGACAUCAAGACGGCCAAGACGCUCAUUGGUACCACUCUUUCUGACCGACUGCGGUACCAGAGCCAUAGAAUCAUUAAAAGCGACGACGGCUCUAACGAGACGCUGAUUGUCGAGUGCGACUUUAAAGAUAGCAUCUAUCUCGCCGCCGGUGGUCCAAUGCUGAGGAGCCACGGUUGGAAGAAACGAUUGUCCUCCGGGCAGUCCUUUACAACUGUUCCAAUUGCCUGUUGUCGCGUUCAGGGCGACGAACAGGCAGCGUUUGCGGCCAUAAUCGACUAUAGAAGGCAGAUUCGAAGGCCACACAACGACAUGGAAAGGAUGCCAAUCAUCUUCGAUGAUUACAUGAACUGCUUCAUGGGAGAUCCAGACGGAAACAAGGUCUGCGCGCUGCUGGAACCAGUCGGGCAGCUCGGUGCCGAGUAUUUUGUGAUAGACGCUGGUUGGUACGCCGACGACGGCAACUGGUGGGACGAUGUGGGCCUCUGGGAGCCGUCGACCAAGCGCUUCCCGUCAGGCUUCAUGAAGCUCAUGGGCGAGAUCCGAAACAAAGGACUGAUCCCGGCCUAUGGCUCGAGCCAGAGGUGGUCGGCGUCCGUAGCCCUGUCAUACAUAACCCAAGGCACUGCAGGCGCCGCCCAUCUCGAGCACCAGCGCGCCUAUCUAGGCUGGAUAAGGGCACUUCUGGACAACUAUCCCGGCGUCCUCAUUGAGACAUGCUCUGGAGGGGCGAACCGUCUAGACUACGCCAUGCUAGCCGUUCACUCAAUCCAAUCUACGAGCAACCAGCAAGAUCCAAAGCUCUACGCUGCUAUCGCAGCCGCAUGUCCCACGGCUGUGACUCCGGAGCAGAGUGCUAGCUGGGCCUACCCUCAGCCAGGAUGCAGUGAUAAGCUCAACGCCUUGAGCUUCGUCAAUAGCAUGAUGGGCCACGUCGACCUUCUCAGCGACAAUCGACUGGCCAUUGUCAAAGAGGGCUUGGAAGUCUACGAGAGUAUGCGAGGAGACCUGCGUCACGCGCAUCCCACGUGGCCCUUGGGUCUGCCCAAAUGGCACGACGACUAG